AUGAGCGGAAGUAGUGAGACAGUGGAACUACUCCUAGAAAAGGGCGCUGAUGUAUCUACACAAGAUAAAGAUGGUGAUACUCCUCUUCACCUGGCAGUGAAGAGUGGAAAUAGCGAGACAGCGGAACUACUCCUAAAAAAGGGGGCUGAUGUAUCAAAACAAAACAAUGACGGGGUCACUUCACUACUCCUGGCAAAUAAUAAGAUACUGCAACUGCUCCUUCGUUAUGUUGAGAGUGGAAGUAGUGAGACAAGGGAACUACUCCAAGACAAGCGCACUGUUGUAUCAGCUCAAAAUAUGGAUGGUAAUACUUCUCUACACCUGGCAGCAAAGAGAGGAAGUAGUGAGAUCGUGAAACUACUCCUAGAAAAGGGGGCUGAUGUAUCUCCUCAAGAUAUAGAUGGUGAUACUCCUCUACACCUGGCAGUAGAGAGUGGAAGUAGUGAGACAGUGAAACUACUCCUAGACAAGGGGGCUGAUGUAUCUGCACAAAGUUACUAUGGUAAUACUCCUCUACACCUGGCAGCAAUGAGUGGAAGUAGUGAGACGGUGAAAAUACUCCUAGACAAGGGGGCUGAUGUAUCUAUAAAAGAUGAAGAUCGUAAUACUCCUCUACACCUGGCAGCAAAGAGUGGAAGUAGUGAGACAGUGAAACUACUCCUAGAAAAGGUGGCUGAUGUAUCUCCUCAAGAUAUAGAUGGUGCUACUCCUCUACACCUGGCAGUAGAGAGUGGAAGUAGUGAGACAGUGGAACUACUCCUAGACAAGGGGGCUGAUGUAUCUGCAAAAAGUUACUAUGGUAAUACUCCUCUACACCUGGCAGCAUGGAGUGGAAGUAGUGAGACAGUGAAAAUACUCCUAGACAAGGGGGCUGAUGUAUCUCCUCAAGAUAAAGAUGGUGAUACUCCUCUACACCUGGCAGCAAAGAGAAGAAGAAGUGAGAUCGUGAAACUUCUCCAAGAAAAGGGGGCUGAUGUAUCUGCUCAAGAUAUAUAG